AUGGCAAACUUUGGUCUUUCUGAACAUCAACGAAUAUUGGAGAAGCUUUGCCGAAUUUGUGGGGAGCGGUUGAAGAAGGCCAAAGAUAAGUACGAGAACAGUUUUCUUUGUGCAGAUAAGAGAGAGAUUAUUUUUACGGCCUUUGGUGUAAAGAUUCGAGGAGACGACCUCGACAAAUGCCCUCCUAAAUUCUGCCACAAGUGCUACAAGCUUGCUUCAAGAGGAGGCACACGUUUUGCAAUAAAUGCUUGGCCUCCACACAAGCGAUCUGGCAAUUGUGUUAUAUGCAGUUCCUACAAGGACGAACAAAAGCCUGGAAGAAAAAGAAAACCCAAACCUGGAGUGAAGCCUAAACAUGACCCUGGAUCAAAGGAACAGAUUGAAAUGGUUGAAGGAAUGUCUGGCACAUUAAGCUUUCAACCAGACCCGAACACGCUCUCUUUCUCUGAGGACGUAAAAAAUCUAAAAAGCUAUCGAGGGACGGAACCCCUUUACCCAGAACAGUUUGUUGAGAACAUUAAGCAUGAGUACAUGUGUCCAAUAUGCAAAGAAGUCCUUGACCAACCCGUCCAAACAAAAUGCCAAACCCCCCACAUAUUUUGUGCCAGCUGCCUUUCAUUUGCCUUUGAGACAUGUGGAUCCCUCUGCCCAGUUUGCAGAACUGCAAUUGAAAAUCCUCAGGAGUUCAUUGAACCAGCUCCUUUUGUUCUACGAACUAUACUAUCAGAACUAGAUUUUCAAUGCUCUACAUGUACGCACACUUUAAACUACACCAGCUGCCACAGCAUCAAGAAAGUUGCAUACCAAACCCUGUGA